AUGGAUAUAUUGGUGAUGUCACACUCGCUAAAGAUUCUCGCGAACUCAUAUGCCAGGGGUCAUAUAACUCUAGACUCUACCAACCUCCUUGUCGACAAUAUUUGCAAAAAUUUGGAGCCGAACCCAGCAAAAUUCUUUUCGCCUCAUAAUCGAGCAAACUUCGAGAAUAGUUCCUGCCGAUCCCGCUCCCCCUCCUCUAAGACUCUCCUCCUCCAAGACCCUCCUCUUCAUUGA